UAUUCUAAUAUACAACUAUUUCAUAAUAAUAUAAUUAUUACAGAGCCUGUUGACGAUGAACUCCCAGAGGAGUUUCUUCUUGCACUGGGGACUGAAGGUCAGGAGCAGACAGAAGUUGGCAACCCUAUUAGAUCUGAACUGGCUUCCCGUUGGAUGAAGAUUAUGAAUGAUGGCUUGGGUAAAGAAGCUAGAGAGACAAUUGUGAAGAAGUACCCGCCUCCAGCUAAUUUUCCUGCUGCUAUAGCCCCAGUGGUAAACCCAGAAAUUCAGGCUACACUUUCAGAACCUUCUAAUAAAAGAGAUAAAAGGAUUGUCUUCAGACAAAACCUAACAGGUACAUUAAUGUCCUGUUUAGGCAAAUGCCUAACAAAUAUUUUAUUAGGCAAUAUUAACUCCAAAAUGCUGAUUGAGGAGAUUAAUGAUGCGGCCAAGUUAGCUGCAGAAAUGCACCACCAGGAUUCAAGUUCUAGAAAAUUCUUUUGCUUGGCUGGGGCCAAUAAAACUAUCCAAGAUGCUGUUCGUCAUCAAAAAACUGAUAAGUUUUUAUUUGGUGCAGAUUGUGCAGAAAAAAUCAAGGCUGCACAAACAAUACAAAAAACUUGUAAUACCAUAAAGAAUACUUCAGAUAAAGAGAAAAAGCAAUAUAAACAGCCUGCAAGUAACAAGCAGUUUAAGCAGUUAAACUGGAAGGGCCCACCACAGUACAAUCAGCAGACUCAUCGAGCCCGUGGUGGGCAACCAUACCAUCAACCCCGGAAGCAUUACAACCAGCCUCACCGGAAAGACAGACACAGCUCUCACAAGCAGAGAUCCAGAUAUCACCGAUAGAACCCGAGAGAUGUCCACCCCCUACAUCAUCAACUUACCCUGGCUGCCGGGCUGCUAUCAGCGAGGCGUACGGUAGACGUGGAACGCCAAAAUCAGCAAUUCACAUAAUGCUUAAUUCUCUCUCAAACAAUACUCUUAAACAGUAUGAUACUUCUUUCAAACAAUGGUGGCUAUUCUGUGAACGCCAUAAGAUUGAUGUUUAUCAAGCUUCUGUACCAUUUGUACUUCAAUUUUUAACUGAGCGUUUUGAUACUGGGGCAUCUUACGGCACAAUUAAUAGUAGUAGGUCAGCUCUAUCUCUUCUUAUUGGCCCUAGAAUAGGAUCUGAUGAUAGGAUUAAACGGUUCGUCAAAGGAGUCUUCCGAUUAAAACCUCCAACGCCAAAAUAUAACAUAACAUGGGAUCCCGGCGUUGUUCUCAAUUACAUAAAAGGGUUGUACCCUAAUGAAGCUAUAAGCCUAGAGCAGCUUACCCAUAAAGUAGUGACGUUACUCGCCUUGACGACAGGCCACAGGGUCCAAACAUUAUCUUUGGUUAAAAUUAAUAAUAUCCAAUUUAAUCAUGACAGUGUCCAAAUUUUUAUACCUGAUUUAAUAAAAACUUCAGGCAAAAAUAGUAAACAACCAUUACUAUAUUUAAAAAAAUUCAGCAAUAAAAUUGAAAUUUGUCCCGUCACUACUUUACAUUCUUAUAUUAAAAGAACACAGCAUGUUAGAAAUACUAACAAUCUUUUCAUUACACAUAAAAAACCUCAUCAUGCUGUCUCUACACAGACUAUAAGUCGCUGGAUAAAAAAUGUCCUUAGGGAGGCGGGCAUAGACGUUACCAUCUUCACAGCUCAUAGCACUAGACACGCCAGCACAUCUGCUGCAAGCAGAUCUGGUAUAUCUAUAGAUGUUAUCCAAAAAACAGCUGGUUGGUCACAAAACUCUAUUUGCUUUGCUAAUCAUUAUAACAGACCUAUUACCUUAGAACCUACUGAGUUUAGCAAUACUAUAUGUAACUUGGUAUCAGACUGAUUGUUAUACUGUUAUGUUGAUUAUAAUUACAUGAUUAUCUAAAGUUACAUU